AUGAAGGAUUUUAUAGCAAAGAUAGCUAGGAAGAAGGGCGAAAACUCGUCGAGAUCAUUGUCUCGAUAUUCAAGGUUAUCUUGUGAUAUUGCUAGGGAUGGUGAUGCUAGACAUGAAAUUAGAAGAGGGUAUGUGCCGGUUAUGGUAGGCUUUAGUGAGGAGCAACAAGAAAGGUUUAUGGUGCCUUGUGGGUGGAUGAACCAUCCUUGUAUUGUAGAGUUGCUUCAAUUAUCUGCUAAUGAGUUUGGGUAUCAACAACAAGGUGUUAUUCAUAUACCUUAUGAACCAAGUCAUUUUAGAGUUAUUAUGGAGAAUAUAUCAUCUUCGAAAAAAUGA